AACCCGGAAGCCGCCUGUUAUUUCAUCAGGCGACAACAUGCUCCCCGGCUGAAAUUAGACCUCCGCCGCUGUAUCUUUGAUUAUAUGAAGUGUGUUCGUCACUUUGCUGCUGAGUUACUGAAACCCAGAGGCGCUCACAGCUCAGCCGCGGCUCGUUCACCCGGAGCAGACAUGUGUAAAGAGCUGAAGACCAAAGUGCUGCAUCUGUUAGCGCCGACCUCCAAUGUGCCGAGUGUUCGUCAGGAGGGCCACACAGAUGGUGCUGAAAUCCUGAGUUGCACGGUGAAGGCUCUGAGGGAGGGUCAUGUGGUCGCCGUGCCCACAGACACCAUCUACGGCCUGGCGUGUCUGGCCCAGAACUCUAAAGCCGUCAAAAAAAUCUAUGAAAUCAAAGAAAGAAAUGGACACAAACCGCUGGCCAUCAGUGUGGGAGAAAUCCAGGAUAUCUACAAGUACUGUAAGGUGAAGGUGAAGGAGGCGCUGUUGGCUGACCUGCUGCCUGGUCCCGUCACUCUGGUGUUUGAGAGAUCUGAAGCACUGAACACAGACCUGAACCCCUUCACUCCACUUGUAGGCGUACGUAUCCCAGACCAUGACUUCAUGAGACGCCUCUGCCAAAUGUGUGCAGAACCACUCGCACUUACCAGCGCCAACGUCAGCUCACACACCAGCACCGUGGCGGUUCAUGAGUUUCAGGAGCUCUGGCCAAACCUAGCAGUGGUGGUGGACGGCGGACCGAUUGGAGACAACAGCCGCCUCGGAUCAACAGUGGUCGACCUAUCAGUGCUCGGCAAAUACCGCAUCAUCAGACCCGGCUGUGCCCUUUCUUCUACGGUGGAUGUGCUGGAGCACAAAUACGGACUGUCAGAGGACUCUGGGGAAAAAUGACCUUUGAACUCUCCACAACACACGCUGAGACGCACAACCAGCUUUGACCCCGAGGCUUCUUCAGAAAAGAUGAAUCCUUUUCAUGUUCACACGGAAGUCUUUCCGGGGAGGACGAGAACUCAGGAACAACUGGAUGGCAGAUAAUGUUCUGGUGGCUGCUUUAAGGUCUGGAGUAACUUUUACCUUUUGAUAACCAUAUUUUCUGCCUUACUGUGUCUGCUAUCAUGGGAUUAUGUGGGAUCUCAACAUAGAACAGGUCACCUAUACAGUAUGGGAUUCUUUUUUUUAUUUUAUUUUUUGCAUAAAAUUAAAACUAUGUAUCUUUUGUAUCAUCAAAACAGGUGGUUUAACUGAUAUGAACCGUUUGAGUUUUUAUUUUAAUAUUUCUAUAAUGGUAAGAGGUGAUGAAGACUCCUAUUUUAUGGCCUGAAUAGUUAUUUGUGAUACGAGGUGGGAGGAACUCUUGAGAAUUGCAUUGACUAUAGAUUAAGCCUGUUGAAUCCAACUAUUUUUUACUAACUUAUGAAUCCCCUGUAUUUAUUUGAUCCGCAUGUCAGUUUAACAGCGUAAGGCUCACUCUACAGUUUGUCAACAACUACAGUCACAAUAACUGUUUUAUGUUGUAGUUUAAAGGGACAGUUCACCCCAAAAUAAAAUUUAGAUAUUUUUCCAUUUACUUGUAGUGCUGUUUAUCAGUCUAGAUUGUUUUGGUGUGAGUUGCAGAGUGUUGGAGAUAUCGGCGUAGAGAUGUUUGGCCUCUCUUGAAUAUAAUGGAACUAGAUGACACUUGACUUGUGGUGCUCAAAGUGCCAAAUUAUAUUAAAAAAACUCAACAGCAAUGUCUCCUAGAAAUCUGACCUGGUUACUCAAGCUAAUCCUCAGAACUUGUUGUGAGCAGUUUGAUAUAGGAACUGUUUCUUUCUACCAAACUACACUUGCUAAACGUAUCACUGUGCAGAUGGAAGUGUGCAUCCACUCACGUAUGAGAGGCUUGUACUCGUGACAGCACGAGAUGUAAACAUUAAUGGCGUCCUUCUCGGCUGAGCUGUAACAUUAGAUAGCUCAGUGGUGCUAGGUGAGCUAGUUGUAGAUGCACUCUUCCUUCUGUGCUGUGAUACAGUUGGCGGGUUUAGUUCAGUAGAAAGAAAUAGUUCCUACUAGGGCUGCCCCUGACUAAGAAUUUUCCUAGUCGACCAAUAGUUGUCAUUAGUCGACUAGUCGCCCACAUGUUUAUGAUAUUAAUUUAAUUAUUAAAUGAUAUAUUUUGAUUUAAGUUGAAGGUGUGAGAAAGAAUAGUAUCAGUAACAUUGUUAACACUGUGCUACAUUACAGAGAAAUACAAAACCGUACUAAUGAACCUUCAUUAAUAUAGGCCUAUAUUUUAUCUACAAGUGCACGUCACACACUGAGCGAGCCGCCUGUUAAUGACGCUGUCGGCAAAGCAGUAAUGAUUGUGCUAAGUGGCUAAUGGGCAUGUAGCUACUGACAUGUUUCAGAUGAUACGUCAUGUUUGUAGUCGACCAAUGAAGAUGAGCUUACAUAUCACCUUGGGUUCGUCCUUCACCUUCUCAAAAUGAUCCCACACUUUGGAUUUCCUGCCCGACAUGUUAUUAACUAGCCUGUGGAAUAACCGCAGGUACCAGCCAUGGAAAUUACAGGCCAUACACAUGCUGCAUCUUUAACCGCCUGGAAAACUCGAGGUCAGGCACUGGAUGCUACUCUUGCGUCUUUUUUUGUGCUGGCUUUCAAGAGCACGGUGGCGCUUUGCGUGAUUGAAGACAGACAACUCACACCAAAACAAUCUAGAUUGGUGAACAGCACUACUGAUAAAAUAUAUUUUUGAUUUUGAACUAUCCAUUUAAACUAUAUUUCAUUCACAAAUUGGGAACAUAUUUCAGAGAUGUGUCAAUAAGCACAUGUACUAAGUGGAAACUCAUAAUGAAAUUCAUCCGCCCACCUGUAUGUUAAAAAUGAGCAUUUUUUUUAAUUCCCAUCACCUGCUGUAAACUUAUUUUAAUGGACUGUAAAACCUUUGCACAGCCACAAUAAAAUGUUUUUU